AUGAGUACAUUGUCGGAUCGUUAUCUCGACCCUCACCAGGACUAUGUCGGCGACGAGAGACCAGGUCAGGUUGAGAGUGACCAUUCCGAGGAAGAUAAGCAAAUAGGUGAAGGCCGGGAGGGCCGUGACCGCGACGAGCGCGAAGUAGACGAGAGGUGCCGAAGUGAGGAGCGCGAAGCCGCAAAGCAGCGGAUCCACGUCGGGGUAGCGGGCGCGGAGGCGCUGGGCGAGGGCGGAGCCCAGCGGCACCCCGCAAGUCCCGGCCAGCAUACCGACCAGCCCGAACUUGUAGGACACGCUGCGUACAACCUCAUAACCUCACUCUAG